AAUAACAUCAUUAUACAUAACAUCAUAUAUAUAGUAUAUAUUUUGUUUCAUUGAUUUGAAAUUGAGCUUUCACUUAAUGGAGACGAUUAACAAGUGAUUCAGAGUUCUUGUGCGUAGUACUCAAAAAUGAAUGGAAUUUCGAAAAUUAUUCUAAUUGUUUUGUUCACAACUUGUGUAAACAGUUUUAUAAGCCGAUAUCAUACUUAUCCAUAUUAUCCGCCAGCCAAACGUCAAAUUUACGGUAAUGUGGAAGAUGCUGAACGCAUUGGAUUUCAACGUGAACGACGCUGGGGCUUUCCCUUUUUUACACGUGAAGCUUUAAUCAUUUUUCCAUCGGAGUAUACUACAGAUUCACCCUAUGAUUACAAUUAUUUCAUAAAAGGUAUUGUGCACGAAAAUCUAUUGGAUGACGACGAUUGUUUACCAAAACUUGAAAUUAUCGAAGGAGGUAUCUUCGACAGAAACACGACUAUGAAAAUAACAUCCUUAUCCGGUUGUGGAAUUCAUUCCGAAGUAUCGAUAUAUGGUCAUAAAUCGUGGCGCAAUUAAAUUCUUUAAAUGUUUACAUAAAUUUACAGUGAAAUACAUUUUAUUAACUACUCCGUUUAUAAUUCAUUGACUAUCUGUUAAUAACACAAAA